UGUUAUUACUUGUCAAGCAACCGGCUGCUAGCUGCGAUAUAACCGGAUAAAACAGAGAUAUAAGGCUAAAAACCUCCUUUAAGGAUGUAUAUAAUAUCCUAAACCGGUCAAACGUAACGUGGAGAAAUUAUUUUACUAGCUGGAGGACUGAAUGGAAGGAAGCCAGAUGAGGAACCGAGCCGAUCCAGGCCAGAUCAUGCCAGGCCAAGAAGAUAUGAGAGACAGCAGCACCCAGACUGACAGCAGACUGCAAGGUCAUGGCCCCAGGCUGUCGAAGGUAAACCUGUUUACCUUGUUGAGUUUGUGGAUGGAGCUGUUCCCACAGGAGCAAGAAGAAGAAGAAGAAGAAGAAGAAGAAGAUGAAGAAGAAGAAGAUGCCCACAGUGAGAUCCGCGGGAUGGGUCUGGUGGUGGUGCGGGACAGUAAGGUGAUGGGACUCCACUGUUCAGGACCUGAGCUCCACGCAGGGCAGGCGGCCAUCAUCCAACACGGCGCCUCCCUGGCUGACUGUCAGUUGUACUUCUCUAGGAGACCCUGCGCCACCUGCCUCAAGAUGAUCAUCAACGCUGGAGUCAGUCAGAUCUCCUUCUGGCCCGGAGACCCCGAGGUCAGCAUGCUGAGGUCCGCCUCCGCGAACCGUUCAACCUCCAACAGUCCACCUGACGGCAUCUCGGAGGAGGCCGCGCUGGACGCCGUGGCGACUGAGAAGCUCAAGUCCAACAGCCGUCCUCACAUCUGCGUGCUGCUGCAGCCGCUCGCGCCCGGCCUGGCGCAGUUUGUCGACGAGACGUCCAGAGAGUGUGAUUUCAUGGAGAGGAUGACGGAAGACGAGCCGAGGCUGGACACAGAGGAGCUCUUCAACGGACAGCGGACGAAACACCUGAAGGAUUUCUCCGGGCAGCUCCUGGUCAGGACGUCUGGGCAGCACCGAGACAUUCUGACCCACAUGGGUCUGGAGAACUUCUGCAUGGAGCCGUACUUCUCCAACCUGAGAAACAACAUGAGGGAGCUGGUGGAGGUUCUGGCCGCGGUGGCUGCCGGCGUGCCGCAGCACAAGUACGGCUUCUACAGAGAGCAGUAUUCAACACCCGAGUCAUCUCUAGCCAAGUCCUCGCUGCCUCCACAUCAUGAGGGACUGUCCCAAGAAGUGGCUCGCCAUUGCAUCAUCCAGGCCAGGCUGCUGGCUUAUAGAACAGAGGACCCCAAAGUGGGCGUGGGUGCCGUCAUCUGGGCCAAGGGAGCGUCGGCUGGCAGUGAUGGGACGGGGUGUCUGUACCUGGUGGGUUGUGGGUAUAACGCCUACCCAGCAGGCUCGCAGUACGCUGAAUACCCCCAGAUGGACAACAAACAGCAGGACCGGCAGAGACGCAAAUACAGAUACAUCAUCCACGCAGAGCAGAACGCCCUCACCUUCAGGACGCGACACAUCAAACCGGACGAGCCCACCAUGAUGUUUGUGACCAAAUGUCCGUGCGACGAGUGCGUCCCUCUGAUCAGAGGAGCCGGCAUCACGCACAUCUACACCACCGACCAGGACCGGGGCAAGGACAAGGGGGACAUCUCCUACCUGAGGUUCAGCAGCCUGAAGAACGUCAGCAAGUUCGUAUGGCAGAGGAGCCCUUCAGUUCGCGCUGCGUCCUCUCCUCACCGCGCCAAUGGACACGUCGGGAAACACAGCAGGCAGGCCGAGCAGGAGAGCCACAGCAGCAAGAAGCUGUGCGCCAACAGAUCCGACGACUCGCCGACCGUCAGCUGAGCGCCAGACACAGACAGACGGACGGAUAUACCAAAAACUACACAAUCAUGUUUUUAGCCCUCGUGCUGCAGAUUUGAUAUUUUAUGGCUGCACCGACACAGCAGGAACUGUGAGAAAUCAAAUCUGUGGCGCACAUAAUUGUAUUCAUAUUUUGCUCUUUUAUGAAGAACUGGGAUCAUUGGUCAGCCUGGAAUGUAAACAGCUGGAAACCAUACAACGCGCUUACCUCUAUGGGGAAACCACCAAGAAGGAUGGACGGAUGGAUGGAUGGGAUAUAGGGAUACCACAAAAAUAAUAAAUUUCAAAUAGUUAAAUAUGCUGUGAUAUGUGGAUUGUCAUUUUAUUGUUUUUAUAUAAGUGGUGAAUAGUUGAUUUAAACAGUGUAAUGGUUUGAUAUAAAGACAUCCAUACUGUAUGUAUGUAUGUAUGCACAGGAUGUGGAUUUUUACUCAAAAGGGUGUUGCUGUGAGAAUCUUUUACUUCUGAUUAUAUUACAAAUAUAUUAAUGCACAAAGCAGCUUUAAGAAAGAAGGAACUCUUUUACAGCCAGGUUUCAUUUCCUGCAUGAGAACCUGUUCUACUUCAUUGUGUGUCAUACCUUCUUUUUUUAUGUUGGUACAAUAACAAGCCAUUCAAAUGUUUCUGUAACCGAGGUCCUAAUCAGAGAGAAAUGCACACUAAAAUGAAAAUAAAGGUGUUAUUAAGAAGA